AUGAAACUGAGUGUGGCAAUAUUUUUUGGAGGCUUCUUUGCAUCUUUGGGAGUUUUGCUUUUUUUGGUGGCAUUUGGAACUGACUAUUGGCUUCUUGCUACGGAAAUAGGAAGAUGCUCAAAAGGACCUGAGGAUGCUGGGGAAGAGAAGGCUACUUUCCAUCAUGAAGGUUUCUUCUGGAGGUGUUGGUUUAGUGGAGAUGUAGAAGAGAAUAAUGCUAGCAUGUGGAAGUUCUGGUACACCAACCAGGCACCUUCUAAGAACUGCACACAUGCCUACCUCUCACCAUUUCCUCUUCUCCGAGAUGAACACAACUCAACCUCCUCUGACUCUUAUGACUCUGCAAUCAUUUAUCGAGGUUUCUGGACAGUUCUUAUGCUCCUAGGAGUGGUCACUGUUGUGAUGGCUAGUUUCUUCAUCAUCUGUGCAGCCCCUUUUGCCAGCCAUGUUCUGUACAAAGCAGGAGGRGGCCUUUUCAUCACUGCUGGCAUCUUCUUUUCUCUGGUAGUCGUGAUGUAUGUCAUCUGGGUCCAGGCCAUGGCUGAUCUGGAAAACUACACACAUGUGAAAAAGAUAGAGUGCCCGGACUUUGCUGUUUACGUGCAGUACGGCUGGUCUUUCAUGCUUGCUCCUAUAGGAGUAUUUUUUGCUUUAUUAGCAGGAAUGCUUUUCUUGUUGAUAGGGCGAUCCAUUUAUUUGCACUCAGACUAGCCAUACAUAGCUAAAGGGAAUGCUGGCAUCUUAGUGAGACUUCAUGACRAUUUAAAAAUGGAAUUUUAUACAUUAUUAUGGCAAUCCUAAGUAUGCAGGCACACUUCUGGAAUUACUUCUGUUACUUGUUUAAGGGUAAAGGACACAAAAACUCAAUACAGGGAGAAACAACCUUCAGCCCCAGAUAG